AUGCAGCUCUUCGGCUCGGUAGUCGCGGCGUGCGCCCUCCUGUCAUCCGUCGUGAUGGCCAAAUCUGCCGAAGAAACCAAGUCAAUCGACGAGCUGUAUGCUGACGCGGUGGCAGAAGGCGCCAAGCUUGUCAUGUACCAUGGAGGAGACACCCCCACCCAGCAGAAUGGACUGCAAGAAGCCUUCUCUAAGCGCUUCCCAGAUAUCAACUUCACCAUGGUCGUCGACUACAGCAAGUACCACAACGUGCGGAUCGACAACCAACUGGAAACGGACACCCUCGUACCGGACGUUGUGGCUCUGCAGACACUGCAGGACUUCACUCGUUGGGCUAAGAGCGGCGUUCUGCUUCCGUACAAGCCUGCCAACUUCUCCAAGAUCCACGACUCGCUACGUGACAAGGACGGCGCGUGGAUGGCGUACACGAUCUUCACAUUCGGCUUCAAGUACAACUCAAGCCAACUCGAUGGCUACGCGGCACCGACGUCCCCCAAGGAUCUGACAGACCCGCACUGGGCCGGCAAGAUUGCCUCGUCAUACCCCAAUGACGACGACGCUGUGCUCUUCCUGUACAUGCGCUACGUUGAAAAGUAUGGCUGGGACUGGAUGGCCAACAUGGCUCACCAAAAUAUCAGCUUCAACCGCGGAACGAACGUCGCAACGAAGCACCCUGCCGCCGCCAAGCUGUUCAUGAACUGGGUCAUGUCCGAGGAAGCACAGACGACAGUGGUGUCCAGCAGUCCGCGUACGGACAUCAAGCCCUGGGACAUCCCGGAGGCCAACAUGGCUGUCUUCCCCAAGUUCAUGGAGGAUCGUGCCGCGGCGGAGGAGUGGCGUCAGACAUUCACGCUGCACAUCGGCGAGGUGCAGGGUAAGCCGUCGCCUGGAUGGAUCGGCCUUCAUCCGGGUCAGUAA